CUGGCUAAGUAUUAUAAGUAUGGAAAUUAGCAGAUGUUCACUAAGAUUUUUAUCUAAAAAAAUGAGUGAUGCUUCUAUUUUCUCUGUUAAAUUCCAAGUGGGCACUCGUAAAGAACUAUAAAUUCUAGCAGUUGCUGUCCAACGAGUAUAGAACGAAAAUUUCUUCUAAAUCGAAAUGAUCGCGAAAAGUUUUACCCUCCUCGCCUGCUUGGCGCUGGUCCAAAGCGAAUUCAUCAGGAUGCCUUUAAAGAGGAUGCAAUCGGCCAGGCAAACCCCAACAGGUUUGGGAUUAAACGGAAAGAGACAAUCUUUACUAGGAAAAUACCAAUCGGGACAGGUUAUUUUGGACAACUACUUUAAUCUUACAUACAGCGCCGAAAUAAGUAUUGGUACGCCGCCCCAAAAAUUCCUCGUUCUCGUUGACACCGGUUCACCGACCCUCUGGGUACCUUCGAUUAAAUGCGGGAAGGAUAACGUCGCCUGUCAAAAACACAACAAGUACGACUCGACCAAAUCUUCAACCUACAAAGCCAACGGUACCGAAUUUAUGGUAAAUUAUGGAACCAGCAGCGUUGUGGGAAUCGUAUCCUCCGAUAAUGUCGAAAUCGGCGGUAUUACAGUCACCGAUCAACUAUUCGCUGAAGUUUUAGUCGAAAACGGUGAUAUAUUCCCUGAUGCAAAAUAUGAUGGUUACCUAGGAUUGUCUUAUGACACAAUUGCAGUCAACAACAUUCCCACUCUCUUUGGGAAUUUAUUCGCUCAACACCCUGACCUCUCGCCAGUCUUUUCUUUAUACUUCAGCAAGAAUGCUGAUGAAAAAUCCGGUGGAGAAAUGACUAUAGGAGGAACGAACCCGCAAUAUUACAAAGGCAAUUUCUCUUACAUCCCCGUGACCAAAAAAGGAUUCUGGGAAAUAAAAAUGGACAAAAUCAACGUUGAAUCUAAAACAGUUUGCGCAGGUUCCUGCAAGACUAUGAUAGACACCAGUGUCGCUUUGAUCGCAGGACCUCUUGAAGAAAUUUUAGACAUUCAAGAUGCUAUUGGAGCAUUCUUUAACGAAAGAUAUUUUGUAUUCACGGUUAAUUGUAAUCGGAAAGAUUCUUUGCCUGAUGUUAACUUCGUUUUGAAUGGCAAAAACUUCACGUUGACGAACGAAGACUACAUAAUUGAGGUGUACGAUAACUUCAUAAAUACUACAGUGUGCAUCCCGGGAUUCAUGUUUUUGGAAGGUGAAAUAGGCGAUGGAAUAACCUGGGUUCUGGGACAACUUUUCCUGGAAAAUUUCUAUACGCUAUUCGAUUUCAAAGAAAACCGCGUAGGUAUCGCCGAACUGAAAUAAUCUGGAUGUUUCAAUAAAGUUUUAUUUUCUAAAUUUUCACUCAAUUUAAUUUAUAUCUAUUCAUCAAUGAAUUUGGUUUCGCCAAAGAAAAAGAACUCGAUAAAACUACAAACAGAAAAAAAUUAAUUAUGUAAGGUACAAAUUUCAACAGACGUGCUUUUAUUUUUAAUUACAUAUACAUUAUAAUAUUGUACCUGCACAAAAUUUAUUAUCCUUUUUGUUAAAAAAUGAUCUUCAUGGUUGUUAAUCAAGCGAAUAAAUAAAAUAUACAAUAAUAAUAAUAAUAAUAAUAAAUAAACGUAUAAACGUAUAAAGAUAAAAUAAAUCGUUAUAUUUGUAUUUUUAAAAUAUUUUUUGGCUAUUAUCAAUAAAUAUAAAUUUAUAAUAAUAUAAAAAAGAACAAUAUACUCUACAGAAUAAUAACUUGUAUGGCAGCUUUUCUUUAUACAAUACAAUAUGACUACUUUUUACCUUACGAGUUUUAGCAUUCGAAAAUCAUAAAGUCGAAUUUAAAAUUAUAGUAUUUAAGUAAUUAUCAUUGAUACAUUUUUUUUGUUUAACUAUGGUAGUACUUAAAACAGUCUAUUUAUGUAAAUUCUCCAUCAGAACCACGAAGCUUUUAUGUAUGUACGAUGAUAGCACUGGAAGGUAGUGCAGGCACGCUUGGGAUAAUACUGACUGUCACUGCCACAUUCAACAAUGUUUUACUUAUCGCUGGUAACCCCAACAAACAACAAUUUAAUGUACAGUUAAUAAUACUAUGAGUUAUUAGUUACGAUACAAGGUAUUUUUAGUUCAUUUAAAGCUCAUUAUAUCUUCCGUUUAGAAACCGUGUCGGGAUUUCUACGUUUUCAUAUUCAUGACCCCACCCCUCACAACAGAAUACAUCGAUUUUUGUCUUCACUUUACCUGUUAUCAACGAAGAAGAUAACUCUUAAUAUUUUUUUUGGAAACAAAGGAACACUACGUGGUCAUUUUUUUUAAAUAUUAAUCGUAGUGAAGGUCUGCAACAGAUCAAGAUUGCAUAUCCUGCGGCCUUCGGUCGGUAGCUACACUCAACAAAUUUACAUAUUCUAUUUUAAGAGUUUGUCGUGCCUGA